UCGCAUGCCUAUCGAUAAGCGCCGCCUGCAACCCUGUCACGCCAACGAUGAAUGGAAAAGAAUAUGGCGACCUGACUCUGGAAAAAAAUUAGAAUUUGUCCGGCAAAAGUAGUGUGCAAUACGAAGAAAUUUGCGCCCUGAAGCCAGAGCAAGCGAAACCACGGGGAGGCUAACGAUAAGGAUAGAUACGGAAACGGAUACGGCGAACACGGAAACGGGACACAGCAGCAACGGCAAGAUGGGCGAAGUCAAGUCCGUCAAGGUGGACAACUGGGGCGUCUUCUUCCUGCAGAAACUGCAGAACUUCUUCAACAAGACGGACUACUGCGAUUUGACGCUUCAGUUCCGGGACAACUCACAGCUGAAGGUGCACCGAUUGGUGCUCAGUGCUUGCACCGAUUACUUUAAUGUGCUGGAGCAGACCUGCGAGAUCGUCGACGAUGCCCUCAUCAUGCCCAACGAGUUCCAGGCGGACGUGGUGGUGCCCAUUGUCAACUUUAUGUACACGGGCACCCUGGAGUUCGAACUCAAAAUGUACGGCAAGCUGUUGCGAACCGCGAAGGAGAUGAACAUGACGGUGCUGCUCAAGCUCCUCGAGGCGCAUCGACGCACCAUGGAGAACGUCAACCGGCAGCAGAGGCCGCCUAGUCCGAAGGGCAUUCGCCGGCGUACAGUUGGACAACCCAGUUCAGGUCUUCCCCAGCAGCGUGUCCUGGGUCCUUCAACGCAGUCCCGGAAUGUGGCCACACCCACCAUUCAGCGAGCCAGCACACAGCGUGGACCCACUGGCACAAAUCGCACACAGUAUACGGAGACCACAAGUAUCAAGCAGGAACCAACUUCUCCAUUCGAACAGCUUCGCAAGGGCUAUAACAACAACAAGAGGCCGGCACAGACCAGCCUGCUGUCGCCGCCCUCGAAGAAGCCGAGUUUGGAGGAGGUCAAGGAGUUUGCAGAGCAACAGCGUAUGCGGAAGCAAAUAGCCGCGGAAUACGGAGAUCACGAUCCGGAGUACGAUGGAGGAAUGCUGUAUGAUGAUGUCCACGCUGGGGACGAUGAUGACGACGAUGUGCCACCGCAGCCGUCUACGUCCAAGCAGCAGUCGCCAAAGGGUACACAGACCCAGCUGGAGCACGGAUCCACCACAAUUAUUCUGAAGCAGGAUUUCCCGAGCCAGACGCCCACGAUAAUUGUCAAGGAUUCCUCCAACGCCAAGCUGAACCACACCAAGAUCAUUGCCGAAGUGCUGCGCCAGUACCCGCACAUUGUGAAGGGCCACAAGAACAUUAAGCUGAAAAUAAUGCCCAACACACCUCCCGCAGAGAAAUCUGCACCGGCGGCAGUGAAGCCAGCACCAGCGACUCAGUCAUCCGCCUCCACGUCGCCACACAAGAAAUUGCAUGUAUCUUUUAAGGCUGAUAAGAACGCGCCAUUAAUCACCUCUCAGCAAAAGGCUGCAACUUCUCAGCAAAAGACUGGAACCACGCAGUCUACCGCCUCCCAGGCAUCUGUUGCGAACCCACCGGCAAAUGCCGCCGCAGCCCAGAAGAGGAGAAUUGACAGCAAGACAAUGCAUGCCUUGAUUGCCCAAGGAGCCGAGAACACCACUGGACCCUGGCUGUGCCUGCGGUGCGGCGUAAAUGGACGUCCCAUCAGCAUUCCGUCGUACCGAGGCUUCCGACGCCAUUUGAUCAACACGCACAAAGAGGCCAUUGAUCCGGCGCUAUGCGAGCAUUGCGGCUGGCGUUCGGGCAACAACCGAGAACUGCAUUACCACAUGUAUAUGGAGCACCAGGUCAAGUCGCUGCUAUACUUUGCCGAGUGCGCCCUGUGCAACCAGUCGUAUCUGACCAAGGGCGAGUUGGAGUCGCACAUCAACGAGGCGCACACGGACGACAACAAGCAGCAGUGCAUAUACUGCAACAAGGUAUUCGAGCAAGAGCUACAGCUGUACAGGCACAUGAAGAGCUACCACAAGGAGCAGGCCCUGGAGGACGGAAUCAUCGAUGAAACGGACGAGGAGUUCCUCGGCUCGCAAGAUGAGGAGGAUGAAGAGGCCGAAGGCGAGGAAGAGCAGGAACCGGAGCAGACUGGCAAAGUGCGAAUCCUUUCGGACAUCAGUCUGCCAGCCACUAGUGCCAUCGCAGUGCAGCAUGCUCAGCAGGAGCAACUGCAGGAGGAGGAGGUAGAGCAGGUGCAGCAGGAGGUGAAGUUUGUUGGUGCCGAUGGCAAUGAAGUGGAGCUGACGGACGAACAGCGCAAGGAGAUCCUUUCACAGCUCAACCAGCAGCAAGCAGGCGCCGCCGCCGGUGGGGUGGUUAUGGCUAGUGAGCCGGAAGCGGAACACGCGAAGCAGGAGACCGACGAGAAAUCCCUGGCCGGCACCGAAGAGGAGUAUGAUGACAGCCAAAUCUACAGUGAGCUGGCUGCCAGUGACUCUGGAGAGAGCACCAAGAAGAACGUUGCUGAUGAGAGCAAAGAGUCCAUGGAUAACCUGGAAUGGGCUGAAAACCUUAUUGCAGAGUCCGAGGAGCAGAGCAACAAGGAGCCCAAAUUGGAAAAGUCACGCGAUGACAUCAGUGAAAAACUUAAGGAGCUAACCGGCGACUGGACCGAGGAUGAGAACGAUGACGAUGCCGAUGACAAGCCCGCCACCACAGAGCUUGCUUCCGAACUAGCCAAGCACUCGGAGUCAACAGCUCACGAGGAGGAAGAAGACGACAUUGACUUGGCUCUCGAGUCUCUGCACAAGGGACCUGAAGAUCAAGCUGUAGAAAAAACCGGUGAGGAGUAUGUCACCAGUGCAGAAGAUGCAGUUGUUCCGGCUUAUAUGAAUAAUCAGCCCGAUAAAAUGGACGUAGAUUCGGAGGCGGACGAGAAGGCUCCAAAGUCAGUUGUCGAGAUCAAGAAAGAGGGGGUUGAAAACGAUGAGGAGGAAUUUAUCAAAGAAGAUGCGCCUAUCGCGGACGCCGAGCCCGGAGUGGAAUUGAGCGAAGCGGUCGCUCCUGCUGAGAUCGACGAUGAUGUGCAUCUAGAGGCCGAUAACAUCCGCAAAGAGCUCCUAGAUGAAUUGAUUGCCGAGGCCGAGAAGCCUAAUCAGGAGAAGAGCGUGGUUCAACCUGAGGAGAAUGCUACGACAGAGGCAUUAGCUCCAGCCUUAGACAGUGCAGUGACGGAAGAAGAUGACCUGGUGCCAGCCACCCAACUGUCCACCGACCAAAUGGAGGUUGAUGACCCAGAAGCGGAAAAGCCAGCCAAGAAUAAUGAUGAUGCAAGAACGACAGACAAAAAGGAAACCGCGGAGGACAAACCAAACAAGAGUGGUGGCAGCAGAAAAGGGACCACAGAAAUUGCGAAAGCUGCCGAGGGAACGACGUCUGGUGAAGCAGCCAGUGGAAAGGUGAAGAGUCUCAUUAGUGAAUGGGAUGAUGAUGAGGACGAGGAUGAGAAUGGGGUCAGUGCGGCGGCGAAGGAGGAGCUAUAAUUACUAGAUUUAUUUAUGUUCUAAGUUCGGCGAUUCACAGCAGAUCAGCAGAUACUAGCAUCUGAGUUCGCAAAGAAUUUUCGGUUUCUAUUGUAAAUUAAAUUGUUAACGAAGAUCGCAGUGGAUGAUAAGAUACACAUAUGCACAGGUUUAAGUGUAUAAGAUCUAAUCUACACGUCCCACGUAAUUGUAAAUCCCCUCCCAUCCCAUCUAUGUUGCGUGCUAGCACGGAAAAUGUAAAACUCAAAGGAGUCCCCUUAAAUGAGAGAUCAGAGACCAAACAAUCCAACAUUUUAGCUAUUUAUGAGUGUCCGUUUCUUCACACAUACACCACCAAUAGAGCAACCAUACAUAUAGAGAUGUAGUUACAUAGAUGUUGUUUUAAUUGGUUUAAAACAGAAGGCAGGAUGUUCCCAGAUAAAUAAGUAAAAUGAUUGACGUUUUAUGAUUGGUUUAGUAAUAUUAAUCAAAUACAAAAAAGGACACCCUUUUUUUUGAUUACCAACUUAAGUGUAAGGUUAAUUAUAUAUAAUAAAAGCAUACAAAAAUAA